UUAAAAAUAAUUCUAAUUUCAGAUUUGUUACUUUAUUUUAAUGUCCGUUCGUGCACAUCAGAUUCACGCUUGGUGGAGACUAAAUCAGAGACUAAACCUUGUAGCAAAUAUAUUUGCGUCAGGGUUUUAUAGCACAACAGUGACGGAUGAUAAAACGGCAAGGGCUCAACUAGAAGGUAGUAAAGCAAAGAAUACAGGAGUACCUGAGGUACCAACGACAUGUUGUAUGUCUGGGUGUGCUAACUGCGUCUGGUUGAAUUACGCUGAAGAUUUAGCAAGAUAUUUUGAGAACAGAGCUGAAAAGUUAAAUAUGGAAACCCUUUUAUCUGAAGUUGAAGAAAAAAUUCAGGCAGGAUCCGAUGAUUAAAUCGUUUAUUAAAAUGGAGAUUCGGUUUAAAUACAAGUAAACGUCAAGUUUGAAGUUAAUCUCUCAGAGUG